AAACCAGAGUUGGUGGCACAGCUGACAACUCAUUAACUCAUGCCUCCACCCGAACAAGCUGCCAAAACAAGAGCAGCGAGAUCUUAGAAGAAGCUAGCCAUGUCAAAAUCCCUGCCAGCUGCUGCUUCUUCUUCUCCUUCCCCAAACAUGCAUCCUCUGCUUCCCCUGUUCCUCCUCCUCCUGCUGCUGCAGCAGCAGCAGACCUCUGCAGAAAGUGCAGCCGCGGGGGCGCUGGCUUGCGGUGGGAAUGGAAACGGAAGGGGAUCAUGCUUGGUCGAGCAGGGCAUGGCCGUGGAGAUGGAGCUGAGCUCGGAGGAGAGCAGGAGGCUGCUGUGGGCCGUCACGGAGAAGAAGUACAUCAGCUAUGACGCUCUCAAGGGGGACUCCGUGCCCUGUUCCAAGCCCGGAGUCCCUUACUACAAUUGCCACACCUUCCCCACCGCCGGCCCCUACACCAGAGGCUGCCAAGUCAUUAGCGGCUGCAGAGGCGACACUCCUUAGCAGAAAAGCCCCCUUCGGCACAUGAAUUAAGCUUCAGGAGAGAUCAAGAACCCUACUCAAUUACAUAUUGUUCUAAGCAUUACGAUGUUUGCAAUGCCACUCUUUCUCGAGAGGAUGCAAGUUCUUGCAGCUUCUCGCCUGCAAAUAUAAUCUGAUCGUACAAUUUGAUUGUCAA